UUGAUUUUACUUUCAUGGCCCUGAGAAGCAGAAGCUCCUCUUAAGGCCAUCUCUCUCACUUUCAUUUAUUCAACAAAAAAAAAGAACAAAAUGAGGAAGCGUUUACUGCUUUGUUAUAGAAGAAUGUUUAAGCUAAACAAAAAGAGGAAAAUAAUCUGCAAGGUGUUAGUACUUCAAAAGUAUGUAAGGUCAUUUUGGAACCAACUUGUUGGUUGCUGUAUAGGCUACAAGUCCAUUAAGUACAGGAAAUUGUCAAGCCACCAUUCCUCUUCCUCCACCAGGGCAGUUUCGGGCAGUGGCUUUUCGGGGAGCUUAACCGCGCCGUGUUGUUGUGAUCACUCCAUUGAAUCUUUGGAGGAUUUGGUUGCCUUGAAGAUAUGCAUAUUGGGUGAUAACCAAAUUGGCAAGACAAGUUUCUUGACAAAGUAUGUAGGAAAGGAGACAGGAGAAGAAAGCUGUUCAACAACAGGGUUAAAUCAAAUGGAUAAAAUUUUGUGUGUUAAAGGGGCAAGGAUCUCCUAUAGCAUCUGGGAAGUCCAAGGUGAUGUUUCUGCCUCUACUCAGAUUCCAACCGCUUGUAAAGACUCUGUAGCAAUUUUAUUCAUGUUUGAUCUUACAAGUCGGCGUACACUUAAGAGUGUCAUUAGCUGGUAUCAACAAGCACGACCAUGGAAUCAGACGGCAAUUCCAGUAUUGAUAGGAACAAAGUUUGAUGAUUUCGUGCAAUUGCCAUUAGAUUUGCAAUGGACCAUCGCAAAUCAGGCAAGAGCAUAUGCAAAAGCACUGAAUGCAACCUUAUUCUUCUCAAGUGCAACAUACAACAUAAAUGUGAACAAGAUCUUCAAGUUCAUCACAGCCAAGCUCUUCAACUUACCAUGGACGAUGGAACGUAACCUCACCAUUGGAGAACCCAUCAUUGACUUCUAGACUUACUACCAUUUUGCAGCAAAAAAAAACAGAAAAUUGA